AUGUCGGUUUGUUUCGGUCGGUUUGUUUCGGCCCCUGCAGAUGUGUCUCGGCCUCGGCACGGUUUGUCCCCCAAUCCCCUAACGAAGGGUGAGGUUACCUCGGGAUGCAAAAGGAUGUGGACGCGUGUCAGAAGCUCGGGAGGCACGAUAUUGAAUGCUGGGGUCAUGAUGAGUCCGGGGAAUCAGAAAGGGUGGGACGUGAGCCGUCGCGUCGAGUGGGAGAAACGAGGCGCGUUAUCCACAUGGCGAGAUCCAGUGGUUGGCGCAAAAAGAAUCCAACGGUGUGCCAGGGAGAAGCUGUUUAGGGCGGAAGCUGGGCAGAGGAAACCGGCGAUUCAGGCCAGGCCAGUGGUGGGAAUAGGGGCCGAGGAAGAGCCGUCAGUGGUAGAGGUGACGAGCUCUGAUGAAGGGAGUGAGGAACCGAUCGUGGGAGGUGACCCGCAUGCCGAGGUGGGGCAGCACGAGGCUAAAGUGGGUGUGGAGGAAGAGGCCGAGGACCCAGACAUUGCCCGGGUAGACUUGGAUGGGGUGCCCGUGAGGGGCUGUCCAUGCACCCAUACUAUUACGAGGAGAGGGAAUGGUGGCAGACACGGUGCCGAUGCGGAUGAUGCAUGA